AUGUCAAAAAAACAAAUUACAACAGUAGGACAGACAAAACAGUUUCCAGCAUAUCCAACGGCUAUUCAGACACUGCCAACUUCAACAUCCACAAUGUGGAUAGUUACGCUUGGACUGCUUAUCUACAAAGGAUAUGUGUUUCAAUAUGCGACAUCUGCAUUUCCAUUAGAGGUGUUUGCAUUGUUUCCAUGGGCAGGAAUUGAAGCAUCCCGAAUAUUUUUAGGCAAGUUUUUUUAA